UGAUGCUUUGAGUCUCGGGUGCCGGAGCCAAUCAGGCGGCUUCCAAAUAAUCCUGCACUUACGCCAAGGUCAAUGUCGAGUGCGAAUGACAUUUGACCAUCCCCGGUUCCGGUUUUAUCCCGCGCCCAAGAACAUGGAGAUAUCCAUAUAUCGUGAGCCCGCUCUACUCUGGAACGUUUGAGCAAUAUCUGAACGAGAACCGACCUUUUAAUCCUGGACUUGAUGUAAUAACGUGCUGGAGGUGGCCAGCCAGGAUGGCUACAGCGUGGCCACUGUUCUUUCUUCUCUGGAUCUCGGAUGGUGCAGACAAAAUGCCUCGGCUAGCCAUUCACGCCAUGAUCACGAAGGCCAUGCUUGACUACGCAUCGCCAUGUUAAUGGCUUCAAGGUGCUUCCACUAUAGUCACCAUCACAUAUUCGACCUGAUCAUGGUCUCGAUAUAUUCAUCCUUCGGUGCUAUCCCCUGCGCAGUAGGAUUGGCACUUUUUUUCUUGGCAUUCCCAAUUAUGCAACCUCAUGUACUCCCUCAUGCUAUUGUACUACCAUUCAUGCUUAACUACAUACAUUUUAAUAGGAGAUCUUUAUGCCAAUUAGUAUAGCAAGGUCCAUGAGUACAUAGGUUGACACCAC